AUGGAACAACUUCCAUCAGAGCCACAACCCAAUGUAUCAAACCAAUUUUUGUUUUUAGACCCGAUGAGUAAUCAGGUCGACAAAAGUUUGGGGUAUUACCCUCGCGGAGUGCCAUUUGUCGUUCGCGAAGCGACCGAACGCAACGAGUUAAAUAAAACGAUUGAUGUUCCCGAGGCUUCCUCAAUUCCCUAUUGGGUUUUGAAGCCCGAGAUGGAAGAAGACACAAAGAUACGGAACACAUAUUUGAACAACACGUUCAGCCACUUUAUUUCAGACAAUCAACACUAUUUCUUGUACCAAGUUGAGAUGGGCGAUGUUAUGUUUUGCAAAUUCGAUGGCAAAAUACAGGAAGUCGAGACGAUCUAUGUUGGCGGCGUUGUCAGGCAAAUUGGGGUUUUUGAAAACAAUUUAUGGCGCGACCCGGGGCAGUGUGUCGGGGAGGUUUUAUUUUACAUAGCAAAUGAAAACAACGUUUUUGUUUAUACUGUCACAGAUGAGAAGCCUGUGCUACUUCGAGAGAUUCAUAAUACUGAAAAGGUCGAGGAUGUUCUCAUGUCCAAAUUUGAGAGGGAGGUUUUAAUCAUUUCAACGCAACGUGAAGUUCUGAUAGCUGGCGUGUUUGAUAAUUUCGAACAACGGUUUGAAGUGGAAUAUCGACAAAAUGAUGAGGGGGUCGUUUCAAUUGCAUUUGGAUUGUUUCCAAUCAUUUUCAUUGGAAAGGGGUAUGGAUUGUAUAGAUUGGAUGUACUUAGUGGGAAGUCUACAGUAGUGUUUGGGUAUCAAAGUAAAAUUCUUGGGCUACGUAGUGUGGUUUCUGCACCAUUCAAUCUUUUAGUAUUGACAACUGAUCAUUUGCAUCUCUUUGAUUCAAGACUCAAUUAUGGAGUGCAAUGCUUUAUGCACAGUAUACCAAGAAAUGAAAUCAUGAGGAGUAUUGAUGUGUUGGAACGAGAUGAUAAAAUAGUGGCAUUAAUAGGGAGUAAAAAGUAUAUUGUAAUCGUCCCAUUUUUGUUUAAUAAAGAGAAAAAGAUGUUUGAUAAAAUGAGUGAGACGACGCGAAUAGAUUUGCCUGUGAUUGUGCCUAUCAAUCGUGCCGAAAAGAAAACUCAAAUCACGGGAUUUUUCUUUUUUUCGAAAAAUGAGAAUGGGGUUUUGUUUGUGAUUGACAACGAGAGAAGGGUGUGCGCCCAACACUAUGAGUAUGGUAAAAUACCAAAAGAUAUUAAAAUGUAUCCAAUUUUGUUGUCAGCACACCACAUGUUUCAACCUGGAGUGGAAAUUCAAAGGAUGAAAGUUUUGGAUAUUUCAGGGCCUCUCCAAGUGAUGAAAGAGAAUCCCCAACGUUCCGACCAGAAAAGUGGAAAAAUGAAUAUUCAAGAACGGAUGAAGAAGAAUGCGGAAACCAAAACGAAAAGCAAUGAGAAUAGCACUGAGGAAGAGAGUGAAUAA